AUGGUGACCGUAGGAAUCUAUCAUUUUGGAAUAGAAAGAGUGCAAUUCGAUACCAACUAUCCCAAUUCUCAUUCAAUAACUUGGCCAGCCGGAAAACCAAUAAAAUCUCCACCACUUCUUGUCAUCACCAAAUUGACAGUAUCAAGUACGGCAAUAAUUAUAUUUGAUAUUUUAGCUGGCGUAGGCAUAUUAUUUGGUCUUGGAUUUUUAUUGUUCAAUAUAAUAAACCGAAAAAAUAGACAUGCAGUACAUUGUAUUGAUAGUAAUUAUGCCGUUAGAUAUCAACGAAGACUAGUGCAGGCUAUUAAAGAUUGGCAUCUUAUUACUACAGUUGCAAAUCUAUUAGUGGUAGAUAUUGUUAUAUUUAUCGUCUGGACUUCUGUUGAUGAACUUCAAGGAACUAUUUCAACUAUAACCACAAUCGAUGAUCCAAAUGAUCCUGACAUAAGGAUACAGACUGAUCUACACUAUUGUACAUGUCGGUAUUUUCCAGUAUGGUUGGGUAUCGUUUGUGGAUAUAAAUUUUUACUCUUAAUAUUUGGUAGUUUUCUGGCUUUUGAAACAAGACGAGUUAAUAUGAAAGUGCUGAAUGACGCCAAGUUUAUUGGAUUUUCUAUUUAUAAUGUAUCAGUAUUUUGUCUCCUGGGUGUGUUAUCAUCGAUUGCCGUGGGCAAUCAAGAAACAUUAAACUAUUGCCUUAGAAGCGGCUGUAUUAUCGUUUGUACAACAGUUACUAUGAUUAUGGUCUUUCUCCCUAAGGUGUUAGUAUGGAAAGACGCCAAAAGUUUUAUAGAGCCAUCAUCUCAUAUCAUGACUAGUUCAACUACAAGCGGACGAUAUGAUAUAAAAAGGGAAGGAAAUAGGUUUGGGAGAUAUCUACAAUUAAGUGAUCUUUCUAAGCUUCAAACAAUGCUUCAGCAAACUGUAAAUUAUCAUGGAAAUGUUCCGUGA